AUGGCAGUGGUAAUCCCCAAAAAUGAUAGCGAGGAGUCGUUGAUUUCGCAAUUCGAGACCACCCUCACCAUCAGGCCGUCGUCCAACGAUGUGGACGAGGACAACGACAUUUCCAUUGACCAUACCGUGCUCCACAAUACCACUGUGAACUACACCCGUGACCACAGCGUGGUGGACAUCGAGGAACUCGAGGAGAACGAGAUCCGUGACGAGCAGAUCCCCCAGUUCAAGUCCAGAAGACGCUACAGCCUCCAGCCUACAGAGAAACUCACAAAGGAAAAAGCAUACCGGAUCAAGGCACCCCACAAAGACAGAGUCACCUCCGCAACCUCGUCGAAACCCGGAUCAAAGUCCCCCACGCCUACCCCAAAAUCCCCAAGCCCUGAUCCAUUGGAAACGUACCGCCAUCUACUCGAGCCAUCUCCGUUGAUCGAUUACCAGUUGACUCGUUUCACAAAGACUUUCCAGGAAUUCUUGGGCUCCAACCCUCAUAUUCAGACCGAGUCCCCAAGAUUUGUUGAUUCUACCGACAAAACUUUGAUCCUCUUGUCCCCGUAUUCUGCUGAACACGCAUUUGGAAGAAAGUGGGUGACCCGAUCAUACUUGUCUACAAUUUUCGAAAGACCCCAAAGACUUUUGGCUGCAUGCAUCGGAGUAUCUGCGGCUGUGACCAUGUUUCCUUUCUUCUACGAAGUAUUCAAUUCCACCAAGAGAUCAUCUGCAUUAUCCAGUCAUGUCAUGAAAGUCCAUGGCAAAAACUGGCCCAAGAAGUUGAUUGAAUUAUGUCUUGAAUCAGCCGACAAGCUUGACAACGAUAACAUUGAAGUUCCUGGUGAUUGGAACACCGGUGAUAUUUAUUUGACUCCAAAAACCAUCAAUGCUAUAGAGGGUGUUCUUGGAACCAUUGAAACGUCAAUUGAUUCUCUUUAUGGUAAGGGCGAGCAAAGUCAUAAUUUGGUCUUUGUGAUGAUCCGUCCGCCAGGUCACCAUUCACACGCCUGUUUACCUAGUGGAUUUUGUCUCUUGAAUAACGUACAUGUUGGUAUCGAAUAUGCAUUUGAAAAAUAUCAAGUCACUCAUUGUGCAAUAUUGGAUAUUGAUUUACACCAUGGUGAUGGUAGUCAGGAUAUCUGUUGGGAAAGAGCAGGAUUUCAAGGAGACUACGGUCAAGAAGAAGAUGAUGAGUUAGAGCCUACUCCCCGGGAUGAAUAUGGUAAAAGGUUUGCCAAGUACCCCAAAGUUGGAUACUUUUCAUUGCAUGAUAUCAAAUCAUAUCCCACUGAAUUGGGCUAUGCUACCCGGGAAAAUAUCAAAAAUGCUUCAACCUGUAUCAUGGACCACGACCUAAACAUUUGGAAUGUUCAUUUACAAGAUUGGAAGAACGAGGAAGAAUUUUACAAGCAUUAUCAAACCAAGUAUGUGCAAAUUCUUAAUCGGGCCAACCAAUUUUUAAACCAGGCUAAGAAACAAUACGAACAGGAAUAUCAGGAGUACUUGGCCAACUCAGCCAAGUAUAACAAAUAUCUUUUGAAGCCUCAUUUAUACAACCAACCUAUAGAAAAGCCCGUGGCUCCACCACCAUUCAAGCCAUUGAUAGCAAUUUCAGCGGGCUUUGAUGCAUCUGAAUAUGAAAGCCCACAUAUGCAAAGACAUGGAAUAAACGUGCCAACUUCGUUCUACGCUACAUUUACCAAGGAUGUGGUGAAGUUGGCCAAGAUUCAUACUGGAGGUAAGGUGGUUUCGUUCUUAGAGGGAGGUUAUUCUGAUGGUGCGUUAUCCACCGGGAUCUUCUCCCAUUUGAUAGGCCUUAACAACGACGAUGAGUUCUUGUGGAAUCAGACCUGGGGCACCGAGCAGGUGAUGAAAGAGCUUGUCAAGGGAUGCAAGAAAAACUGGGUUCCCUACAAGAAGCCUCAGAGCGACAUAACCAUCUGGGCAAACGAGGUGAUCAAGCUCGCUCGAUCGAUGAUGCCCAAUGCAAUUCUUCCUGCAAACUACAUUUACCAGUCGCAACCCCCCGAGGAGAAGGCGCCUCCCAUCAAGAGCCCCAUGAAAGACCCUGAAGACGACAGAAAGGUGUUGCGCCACACCCGCUCCUACUUCAAGAAGAUUUCCAAGUGA